UUUUGAACAAGCCCAUGUCUGGUCUUCGACCCACCCAAUCAAUUGGAAAUAUAUUUUUUUUCUCUCUCCGGCCCAGCUCCAUUCAUAAUUUUUUUCACGAAAAGGCCCUCACGAUCUCCGAGUUAUUACCUGGUUUUUCUUUUGAGUUGAUGAUAUGCUCGGGGCAAAGGCUUUGGACAGGUAUUGGCAGCGUAGCACAGUUAUCCUCAAAAGCUUAACAUCUUCUGGAACUUGCAUAGCCAUGGCAAACGAGAUUGAUCAGAGCAUCUGUCGAGCAAUUGAAGGUGCCAAAGAUGGGUAUACUAAUACUACAGAGUCGGUGUCUUGGCGGGGACAAACAAGUAAUGCGUAUCAGGAAGAUUUCUUGAACCACAGACAUGGGAGCUUGACGUGGAACUGUAGGGCACCUGGUAAUACUGGUGAUUCCGGGCAUCUGUCAAUUCGUCAAUAUAGUUCACAUUGCAAUGACAGAUUUACAAGUAAGCUUUUAGGAACCCUUCCUCAAUAUGUGAAAAUAGUCGAAGUUGGUCCACGAGAUGGAUUGCAAAAUGAGAAGGAAAUAGUACCAACGGUUGUAAAGGCUCAGUUGAUAAAGAUGCUAGUUUCUUCUGGGUUGCCUGUUGUUGAGGCUACAAGUUUUGUCUCGCCAAAAUGGGUACCACAGCUUGCGGAUGCAAAGGAUGUAAUGGAAGCUGUUCGAGAUGUUAAAGAAGCUAUAUUACCCGUCUUAACCCCUAAUCUAAAAGGUUUUGAAGCGGCUGUUGCAGCUGGAGCCAAGGAAGUGGCUGUCUUUGCUGCAGCCUCUGAGUCCUUUUCAAAGUCAAACAUCAAUUGCACCAUUGAAGAUAGUCUUAAUCGUUAUCGUGAUGUUGCUAAUGCUGCUAAAAAGCAUUCAAUUCCUGUUCGUGGAUAUGUAUCAUGUGUUGUGGGGUGUCCGAUUGAAGGAAUGGUAUCUCCAUCACAGGUAGCAUAUGUGGCCAAACAGCUUUUUGAUAUGGGUUGCUCUGAAAUUUCUCUUGGAGACACAAUUGGCGUUGGAACGCCUGGCACUGUCAUUCCAAUGCUUGAAGCUGUUAUGGAUGUUAUUCCAAUUGAUAAGCUUGCUGUCCAUUUUCAUGACACUUAUGGGCAAGCUCUUUCAAAUAUACUCGCCUCACUCCAGAUGGGGAUCAAAAUAGUUGAUUCGUCUGUUGCUGGCCUUGGGGGUUGUCCUUAUGCUAAGGGUGCUUCGGGGAAUGUUGCCACUGAGGAUGUUGUAUACUUGCUUAGUGGACUUGGGGUAAAAACUAAUGUGGAUCUUGGGAAACUCAGAUUAGCUGGGGAAUUCAUUUGCAAACAUUUGGGACGACAAUCUGGUUCAAAGACGGCAACUGCACUGAGUAAAACCCCUGCUUUUGCGUCCAAGCUUUAAGGUAAAAACAUUGGCACACUUUUCGGACGAAAGCAAGACAGCAGAAAAGAUAUUUACAAAAAAGAUAUCACUGCCCCAUUUCAAAAGACAAAAGUGACGAGCAAAGUAUGAAAUGGAAUGCAGAACCCAACAGCGGUUCCGCAUUCUCAUGGUUCUGUUUCAUGUUGAUUAAGACACUUGGGUUAUCUUUUUGCCAAGUCUUCUCUUUCUUGUGUCUUUAGUUUGAAAACAUGUCAAAUUAUAUUUGUUUAGAAAGUCUGUAUUUUGUCUGUUAGUUCAUGUCCCUAAAAAUCCUCCUUAAAAAAGGUAAAAUGGUAAGAAACCAAGAAUGUACAUGCAUAAAGGAUUGGUUGGUGUUGGGAGAACAGUGGGUGAGGUUUCUGCACAAUAGCCAUGAUACUUUUGUAAAUUGAGUCAUUUGACCUUUUCCUUUCUUUCUUGUGUGCA